AUGAAAGAGGUAGCAGAUUUCUCUCCCCGCCUCAUCAUAAACGUCGUAGUCAAUUCCUUCUCAUGUUACACAACAAUCAUGUUGAACAUUGUCUUAAUAUUCGCCCUUCGAAGGUCUUCAUCACUGCCAAAGACUCUAAAAGCAUUGAUCCUUAGCGUGGCUGUUUCUGAUCUUGGUAUUGGAUUAGUUGUCCAGUCUUUGUACAUUGCUCGCAUGAUUAUGACAAUACAACAAACUGACGACCACGAAACUUCUAAAGAUAUAUAUAGAGCUGUGCACCCCAUAGGACGCACCCUUGGUUAUGCUUCAUUCUUCGGUGUCACAGCUAUCAGCGUUGACAGAUUCCUUGCUAUCCACCUUCACCUCAAACACCAGGAACUUCUCACCUACCAAGAAUUUUUGACGUACAAGCGUGUUGUAGCUGCAGUGAUCUUAAGCUGGCUUCUCAGUGCUUUCCUGGCUCUAACCGGUGUUUUGAGCGGUGGAUAUGUUUGUAACCUUGCAGUGGUGGCUGUGGGAUUGGUUUGUCUUCUUACUAUGGGUCUAAUCUAUUUCAAGAUUUACAUAGCCGUACGUCGCCACACCGUUCAAGUUCAUGCACAGCCAGCCCAAGCAGUGGCACCGAACGAAGAAAACCGAUCAAAUUUUGAAAGACUGAGAAAAACAGCAGUUGGUACAUUUUACGCCUAUCUGUUGUUUUUGGCCUGCCAUUUGCCAAUCGCUAUUGUGAUCUUGCAGACACGGAGAAAUGAGGUGGGGGAACAUAUGUUAAUUUACACUCACACGCUGCUAUAUUUGAGUUCAUCCCUCGUUCCUCUGGUCUACUGCUGGAAGUUUAGACACAUCCGAUGCGCUAUCAAGAACAUUCUGCGAGACAUUUUUGCAAGCCAGAAUCAGAUUCAGGAAGGGUAG